AUGGGCCGAAAAGCGUAUAUUGCCGAUGUGGCUGCAGCAGCCGCCCUGUCUAUACCUGGUAUCACUUCGGUUGUGAAGGGUUCGGAGGAUGGCGAUGUACAUGUCUGUUACACUCCUGCAACUGGGUUACCUAUUGAAAUUUCUCUGCUCUCUCUAGAGGUCGGUGGUUAUCCGCAAGAAAAUUUCUAUAUGAUCACUACAGAGUCCAUGGACUUGCCUGCAGGGGUAAACUCGAUUCUGGCCGAGAUUCAAGAAUCGUCAGCUGGGAAGUCAAUUCAAGAUCUAAUUAGUACGAUUUCAAAGAAAUUGGGAAAGCACCUGGCAAUGGGUUCAAAGGAUGAUGUCGAGAUGGAGGAUAAUGAUGCAGAUUUUGAGGAUGAUGAAGAGGAUCCUGAAGACUCCCAAUCUUCCAGUGACGAAGACCCUUUCGAUAUGGACGGAGAUGACGAGUACUUUGGCCAACGCGAGGGUAUCAGGGGCGCACGCCUUGCGGCCAAAGUCAACAUGACUCCCGAGAUUGCAAAACAGCUCAACCGACGCAUCAGAUCCGACCUUCGUGCUGCUAGACAAGCUGGGUUCAAAAUUGGCAUCGUGUCCGGAGCUAAGGCAGAAUCGAUGUCUAGUAUCAUCAGCAUUUCGGUCAAGGUUGACAACCUUGGACUUUCAGAAGAAGCUGUUCAAGCGUGGGACCUGGAACCACAGCAAUAUAUCGUCUUUUUGAUUAGAUAUGCGGACGGGUAUCGAAAUUUCGAACAAAUCAUGGACGCACCUGCUAAGUCUCUAGACAUAGAUUUUAGAGUAGGCGUCAGCAACAAGUAUAAACCAGGUAUUGUACCUGCGCUGGCUGCCUUUACAGACUCGAACAAAGACCGCACCAAGUCCACAGAAAAUACCGCCAAUACCGCAAACACAGCAGAGUUGCCAAUGGAUGGGCACUUUUCAAAUAUGUUCAUCAGCAGCUCCCUCAACGAUUUUAUCAAUACAUCACUCAUUAGUUUGCUGAAAAUUCGCGACAUGGCUAACCUCAGCUGGCGUGGUGCAAAACUUUGGUUCAACGAGAAACAGUCCCGACAUGAUGUUAACAAUUCGGAUGUUCCUUCAUCGUACUAUGAUGAAAGUGUGCUGCCAACAGAGAAGCACCUGCCAGAGCUGCUUGUAAAGGAUCACUUGCUCGAGGCUAAGUCCAAGAAAAAGACAAUAUCUUUCCCUCUCCUAGCAGCACAGUUUGCGGUACACUACUUGGCUCGAUGCACCGAGUAUUGUCUUGUCUGUCACGAUGAGAUUGAGCAAAAGUUUGAAGCUUUGAAACCUUAUGUUUGUAGUAAGCCACUGUGUCUCUACCAGUACAUGUCUCUCGGCUUCGGACCUUCAAUUGAACAUGAGAUAUUGACACAACCUUACGUCGUGGAUCUGCUCGUUAGUUUUUGCUACGCCGCUGCAUGGAAUAAGAAGCUCCGCGAGUACCCCACAGGUAUGAGUCUCGCAGUACCGCUACUACCCAAUGGCAUGUAUGCAACUGCGGGUGGUGCAUACAUCCCUCCAACAUACGCCCCCACCGAGCCAACCCAAAGUGCGGCUACCCCGACACCGCCCCUCGAGAAGGUCAAGUUUAAUCCUGGUGCUGAUGAAAUUGUCUUUGAAACUCUGGGCAAAUGCCCUGUACGGACGGGUGAUUGGAUUGUGCUUAUGUGUAAUAGCACUGAUCGCACAAUGACACAUUAUCGAAUACAAGACACCUCCCGAUUUCCCAAUGUGACUUUGUCAACUCUCGGUGUGGUUCGAAAGUCCAGUCUUACUUAUGAAAUCGAAGUUCAAAGCCGAGCAGCUCUAGCAACUCCAGCAACCCCACCUACAACCGGGCCAAUAGUGGAUGCGGAGGUUGCAGUCUAUAGUCAUAACUUUGACGACAUGAUAGAUCUUGCAAAAGCUGAGCAGAUCGUAAUGCUUCUCGAGACAUUGCCAUCUAUUCGGGAAAUGAGAGCUUACCUCGUACAACAAGCACGCGUCGCAGAACCGAACCUUCGUGCUUGGAAUGAUCGUAUAUCUCCAGCAGCUCUCGGUCUACUUCGUUGGAUUGUGGCUUCCAACCGAUCUUGCAUUGUUCAAGUAGAUGAAUGCCCGAGUCAAAUUGAACUUGAAGUUGCUUCCGAGAAGAUUAGGCUUGACCAAAGAAUAUCAAAUAUAGAGCAUACUUACGUGCAAUUCAGAUUUUCACAAGGAGCCCCCGACAAAGAACAGAGAUUCUUGAGUGCGCUCAAUGAGAACCGCAACAAGCUCAAUCCAAAAUACCCGACAGUUUUUGCGUGGCAUGGAAGCGCUCUCUUUAAUUGGCAUAGCAUUAUUCGAAGUGGUCUAGAUUUUAAGGAGAUAUCGAAUGGACGAGCGCAUGGUAAUGGUGUGUACCAUGCCUUAGAACAACUGACAUCUGUGAGCUAUGCUGGGGCUGGGAGGGGAGCAGGAGUAUGGCACGGAUCUGAGCUCAAAAUAAACAUGGCGAUGAGCUUGAACGAAAUCGUCAAUGCACCUAGCCUAUUUACAAGCUGCAAUCCAUUUCUAGUAGUGCAGUACAUCGACUGGAUCCAGUGUAGAUAUCUGCUCGUACAGACUGGUAAUGGGCCAUCAAGACUAGAUCCGCCCAAAAAUCCACCUCAAUCCCUGAGAGUUUCAAGCGAUGGUCACCUUGACAGCAUUGAACAAGACCCAGCUUUCACCGCAAAAUCAGUAAAUGGUAAACCAAUCGGGAUUCCAUUGUGUGCUAUCACAACAUCCCGAGGCUUCCGUGCCGAUAGCAGUAUAUCAACACCACGUAAUAAGAAACGGAGACAUGCUAGGUCUUUUGACGAGCUCGGCUUCGUAGCUGCUAGUGAUAAUGAUGAGUUGGAGGAUAUCCAAUUCCUCCUUUCUGAUGAUGAGAAUGAAGGUCGCUCGGACGGCAAAUCGUCAGGUCCAAUGCUGGCCAUGAACUCAACUUCACUCACAGAUUUCGUCCCUGGGUCGUUAAAUCGCUCAAGUCUUCCCAUGCUCGACCCACCAUCGUAUGCUACUCCAAUGGCAACCAAAACGUUGCAGCGAAAUUUGAAAGAAGUCCUCGACAUCCAGUCUAAGACUCCCAUCCAUGAACUAGGCUGGUUCAUUGACGCGGAAUUGAUCGAUAACUUCUAUCAAUGGAUUGUUGAAUUACACUCGUUUGACCCAGAAACACCCCUCGCUAAGGAUAUGAAGGCCGCUGGUGUGACUAGCGUCGUCCUCGAAAUUCGAUUUGGAAAAGACUAUCCUCACAGUCCACCCUUUGUGCGAGUGAUCCGACCACGAUUCCUGCCUUUCACACAGGGUGGUGGAGGUCAUGUCACGGCUGGAGGUGCAAUGUGCAUGGAACUUCUCACAAACUCUGGUUGGAGCGCAGUUUCUUCUAUUGAAAGCGUUCUUCUUCAGGUUCGUAUGGCCAUGAUGAACCCCGAGCCAAAACCUGCCCGUCUGGAGUCGCAGCAAAAGUCCAUUCAACGUGACUAUGGCAUUUGGGAGGCAAUCGACGCAUAUAAACGUGCUUGUGCGCAGCAUGGAUGGCAGGUUCCUCCAGACUUCGGAGACUUUGCCAAUAAUGGUGGUGAUUCCAGAAUUCUUAUGUAA